AUGUCGAAAAUCGCCCAUGCAGAGGAUACUGCCUUGGGAAUGGAGGAGAAGCGCGAGCAACUCGCCGGCCCAUCUGGCGUCUCUGGCCUUCUCAAGAGCCCCCGUCUCUUGACCAUCUGUCUGGUUACCGCUCUGGGCGGCAUGAACUACGGCUACGAGCAAGGCGCGUACGGCCAGUGCAUGGUCAUGCCCUCCUUCAAGAGUGUUCCAGAAUUUGACCGGAUUAUCAACGACUCGGGCUUCAAAGGAUGGACUGUUGCUAUUCUCGGUCUCGGCGGUUGGGUCGGUGCCCUCAUUAACGGUUACUGCUGUGACCGCUUCUCCAGGCGAUGGUCGAUUAUGGGUGGUGCUGUGGUGUGCAUGCUUGGUGCUGCCCUCACCGCUGGUGCUCGCGACCCCGACUACUUCUUCGCUGGACGCUUCUUCAUCGGUCUCGCUGUUGGAUCCUUGAGCACGGCUGUGCCCACCUACAACUCGGAGAUCAGCCCUGCCGAAGUUCGAGGCGCCAUGGUUGGCACCUGGCAGCUCAGUGUCACCCUCGGCAUCAUGGUGAGCUACUGGAUUGGCUUCGGCACGAACUAUAUCUCGGACACAAGCUCUAUCUCGUGGCGUUUGCCUCUGGCUAUCCAAGCCAUUUGGGCCCUCGGUCUCUUCGUUGGAUGCUUCUUCAUUCCCUACAGCCCCCGUUGGCUCCUCAGCAAGGGCCGCGACGAGGAGGCUCUCAACGUCCUGGCCUAUGUCCGUAACAAGAGCGUCGACGACGAGGCCAUUCGCAUCGAGUUCCUCGAGAUCAAGGCCGACGCCGUCUUUGACAGGGAGGUUGCCGAGCAGCGCUACCCCCAGUACAUGGACAGGCCCCUCGCCCUCCAGUUUGCCCAGGUCAAGUCGCUCUUCACCACUUGGCCCAUGUUCAAGCGCACCGCCAUUGCCUGCCUCAUGAUGUUCUUCCAGCAGAUGUCCGGUAUCGACGCCAUUGUGUUUUACGCCCCCACCAUUUUUGCUUCCCUGGGCCUCGGCGACACUUCGGUUUCGCUCCUCGCCUCGGGUGUUGUGGGCAUUGCCAUGUUCCUCGCGACCUUCCCCUCGCUCUUCAUCAUCGACAGCCUCGGUCGUCGUCCCCUCAUCAUCAUUGGCGGUCUCGGCAUGGCGCUCUGUCUCAUCAUUGUGGCCGCCCUCACCGGCACCUUCCAGGGCAGCUGGCCCGCAGGACCCGCUUGGGCAUCUGCCGCUUUCAUCUGGUUCUACAUCUUCAACUUUGGUUAUUCUUGGGGCCCCGUCUCAUGGGUCGUUAUCAGCGAGGUUAUGCCUCUCUCGGUCCGCGCUCCCGGUACCGCCCUUGCCGCUUCGACCAACUGGAUGACCAACUUCUGCGUCUCGCUCAUGGUCCCUCCCAUGCUUGAGAAGAUCACCUACGGCACCUACAUCUUCUUCCUCGCCUUCAUGCUCAUGGGUGUUGCCUACGCCGUCUGGCUUCUCCCGGAGACCCGCAAUGUCUCGCUCGAGGCCAUGGACAAGGUCUUCAAGUCGAGCGACGCCACCCACGACGCCGCGAUGAUGAGCCGCAUCGUCCAGCGCCUCGAGGCCGAGUACUACGGCGACGCCACCGCGGCGAGCGAGACCGACUCCAAGUCGGAACCCCAGAUGCUCGAGGGAAGGGCUUAA